AUGCCCUUCCUCGGUAAAGACUGGAGAGCUCCAGGUGAGACCUGGGUCCGCCUCAACCACACCUCGGGAUGGGAGCGAAUCAAACUACGUCCGGUACAAAUUGGUUCUCUCGGGGACUCUAAGGAAGACGACCUUUUCAAAGGUCGUACUAGUUCCGUCAGUAUCUCCAGUGUUGAUGACAUUCUGAGCUCCAGUCCAACACAAAGUAACUCCAGAUCGGACUCUGACGAAUCUGCCGGUAAGAUGACGUUUAUCUAUUAAAUGAUGGUUUUAGCAGAAGAAGACGAGGGAUGGCAACCUUUUGUGUUCGUGAAGCAAAACCGUUCCAAAGAGGUGAGAAAAGUUACAGUAAUUUAUGAUUUUUACAGUAAUCUAGACUUUUAUUUUUGAAACCAGUUUUUAUAUCUGACCUUUGGCCAAAAAGUAAACAUAGACAACAUAAAGGACAAUUCUGUGUACUUUUUGACCAAACUGCGGAUAUGUUGUUGUUUUUAAUCGUUAAAUGUGUUUUAGUUCAUCGGAUGUACUAGUAUGAGCGAAGCCUUCCACCGCCUGGACCUUGCCCGUGCCGUUCUGGACGUUCGUCGUUUCAAUUACGUGUGCAAGGUAAAUCAACUUUCACUGGACAACUAUUUUAAUUUAGGUUGUUCAAAUCCUGGUGAACGAAAAGCUCCAAAACCUAAGUGCCACAGCUCGAAAGCACCUUUUUGCCAUCAUUCAAGCCAUCGUCAUUCACAGUAAGUUCAUUUCGAAAGGUCAGCUGGGGAUGUCACCUGUGACUAAUAACAUUUCGUUCUUCAGGUGUCGAAAGAGACCUUCACGUGAGCACGGCCAGGGAACUGGUCUCUCAGUUCGGCACAGGUUUGGAAGGUCAUGUUUGCGGAUCGCCUCAGCUGGUGAGUAAACAACUGGACAUGGCCAACGAUCUGUUAGACAUGAUUGUUGAUCAGAACCCCAUCACUUUGGCCGAGUCCAAUGAGGAGUCCCUCACCUUCCUCGACCUCCCCAAGGAGAUCAUCGCACUUGUGCUGAGACGUCUGCCCGACCACUUGUCCAUGCUGGAAGCGGCCAAAGCUCACGAGACUCUGGACUCGUUGGUAUCCAACGAGUCCCGGCUGUGGCAGUCGCUGUCCAAGUUUCACUUCACGGAAGAGCAGAUCGCCAAGCAACAGAAGCCAGACAUGACCUGGCGCCACGUCUUUUACCAGUGUAAAAAGUACUACGGGCUACGCGAAAUGUACGCCGAUCUCAUCCACAUUUGUUGUCAUUGUAAAGCCUUAUUCUGGAAAGACCACGGCCAUCCCUGUGUUGGCCGUGGCGACGCCCCGUCCGUCCGAGUCACCCCUGCCCAGUUCGUUGACAUGUUGUUGUUCCUUUAG